GAUUCCGGCCGUUUUCGAGAACAUAUUCUUAACCUAAAAGACACCAAGCUGGAAACCCGCCGAUAUGCGUCUGGAUACGUAUUCGUAAAUAAGGUGGAUACUCGGGGUAAAUAAUUACUUUUGGGCCCUCGGGAAGAGGGACGUGGGUUUCGGGUCGGGUAUAGAACCUGUAUCUGUAAAUACAAUCUUGCUAGUCUUCUUCUUCAUCAUCCGUCCACUCAUUUAGAUUCAGAAACAGCCUUCGGAAAAUGGCAGCGAUUUACAGCCUCUACAUCAUCAACAAAUCAGGCGGCUUGAUCUUCUACAAGGACUAUGGAUCGACGGGACGAAUGGACACGAAUGACAGCUUGAGGGUUGCGAGCUUGUGGCACUCAAUGCACGCCAUUUCUCAGCAAUUGUCUCCGGUUCCCGGUUGCGCAGGCAUCGAGCUUCUUCAAGCUGAUACCUUUGAUCUUCACUGCUUCCAGUCACUUACUGGAACAAAGUUCUUUGUUGUCAGUGAGCCUGGUACACAGCACAUGGAAGGUCUCUUGAAACACAUCUAUGAGCUGUACACUGAUUAUGUCUUGAAGAACCCCUUCUAUGAGAUGGAGAUGCCUAUCCGGUGCGAGCUCUUUGAUAUUAACCUGACACAGGCAAUACAAAAGGAUCGUGUUGCCUUGUUAGCCCGAUGAUCUGCGUCGUGACAUGUAUCUUAUGUUUUUGUUGCUUGAUCUAUAUUUCUUUAGAUGUAAAUCUUCUGAACAAUCGUGAAUACAACACAUAAGAUAUGUGUUGUUGUGUUGUUCGACUUUAGCUGACUACAACUUCAAUGUUCAGUACAGGGUUUGUGAAGUAUAUCUUCUUUUGAAUUGACGUUCAUUGUUU